AUGGAUCCAAAAUGUUCUACAGGAGCACUAGAUCUAAAUCAACCAGCAAUUGAAGGUGACAGGGUAAUCGAAGAUGUCAGUUUGUUCCAUGAUUUGCAAAUAGAAGUAACAGGCAGCAUACAAAGGACCUUGAGCAAUCCAGAUGUGACCAAAAGCUCAGAACAUAGCAAGCAUGUGAGUGGAAGCAACACUGGUGCUUCUGCUGACACAAACCCGGAAACUGCUGAAACACUAUCAACUGAUGAUUCCGGCGGUGAUGAAGAUGAGGGUGAAGUCCAGUCAACACCAUGCAGCCAAACUGAAGUUGAAACCCCUUUCAAAGGGAAGAUCUAUGAUUCAUGGGAGGAUGCGAAGAUGCAGUACAACCGAUAUGCUAAGAAGAUUGGGUUUUCCAUCAAAUGCAGUACAUCCAAGGUUUUGAAAAUUGAUGAUCAAAGAGACAAACAGCUAUUUGUUUGCAACAAGAGUGGAAAAAAUGAAGACAUCAAUAAGUUAGAAGCACCACCUAUUAGGCAAAGGAACAGAAGCAUCACCAAGAAAACUGAAUGCAAAGCCAGAUUGAGAAUUAAAAGGAGAGGAACAAACUGGUAUGUCACAUACUUCAUUGAAGAACACAAUCACAGUUUGGUGAAGAAGUUUUCCUUGAAAAAGUAUUUGAGAUCUCACAAAGGAAUACCUAAGGAAGAGAAGGAUUUUGUUCAGCUCUUGCAUAAGGUUAAUCUAUCUGCUGGCAGGGUAAUGAGGAUUAUGGGAGAGGUCUAUGGCGGUCUCGCAAAUGUACCCUAUGACAGUAAGGAUGUGAGAAAUUUCAUGGCUAAAAUUGAUGAAGAACACACGCACAAAGACAUGUCCCUGUUACUAGCUCACUUUGCAAGGAUAAAAAAAGAAGACCCAGAUUUCUAUUUCAACAUACAUACAGAUCAUGCGGACAAAGUGGACCGCAUAUUCUGGGUAGAUGGGCCAGCGAUUGCUGCUUACAAAAAUUACAGUGAUUGCCUCUCAUUCGACAGCACCUACAUGACCAACAUGUACAAUAUGCCUUUCGCACCAUUCGUUGGAAUCAAUAGGUAUUGUCAAACAAUCCAGCUAGGAUGUGGGUUCCUAAAGAAUGAGAACAUCGAGAGUUUUGUCUGGUUGUUUCAGGAGUUUCUUGAGGCUAUGGGUGGUCUGCAGCCAGAUAACUUCAUAACUGAUCAAGAUGCUGCAAUGAGAAGUGCAGUUCUCGUCUCAUUUCCAAAUUGCUGCCACAGAAAUUGUAGGUGGUACAUUAUGCAAAAUGCGCAGGCCGUUUUGGGCAACUUCUUGUCAAAACAUGAGGAGUUAAGGACAGAGUUGAACAAGAUAAUUGAUUACAGCAUGUCGGUUGAAGAGUUGGAAACAAGGUAG